AUGCCGGCAUCAGGACGGCAUCGAGCCAGCGCUGCCGCCGGGAUCCUUCUCCCCAGCCUCCGACCUCUCAUAGCUACAACUUGCGUGGUGUUAGUGCUCCUGACAAUCUGGACCUCCAACACCCCUUCCGUCCAUGCUUCCGCCGCCGCCACCACCACCGCCACCGCUCCGUCCACCGCCGCACCGCCCAUCCCCGACCUUCCAGCCACCACACCAACCGCAGCAUCAACUAAUCCAGUUGCUGUGCUCGACACCCUGACAUCGGCGAUCUACGGUCUGCAGCGCCAGAUGUCUGACUUCGCCUCGUUCGACAUGACCAGUGUUGCCCAGCACUGGGCGCACAAGCUAUUCUACUACCUCAUGGGACUAUGGCGGGCUAGCGGACACACAUGGUUUAGGAGAAUCUAUUACACAGGGCACUAUCCGGUGUGGAGCGAGCAGAACCCGGUGCAGUUUAUUGGGCCGUUAGCAGACACACAGGUUGUCAGGGUGCUGCAUCAGAUGCUGGCUGACAAGGCGAUCGCCGGAGCAGGGGCCGUGCCGGAGGCGCCGGUGAAGCUGAAGCUCUACUCCUGGCGAAGCUCGUGCUCGCAGCGCGUCCGCAUCGCCCUCAACCUCAAAGGACUGGAGUACGAGUAUAAGCCGGUGAAUCUCCUCGCAAACGAGCAGUCAGACUCAGAAUUUGAGAGGUUGAACCCAAUAAAGUAUGUUCCGGCACUGGUGGACGACGACACGGUCAUCGCAGAUUCCUUUGCAAUCUUAAUGUACCUUGAGGAUGUGUACCCCCAGCAUCCUCUGCUACCGCAAGAUCCCCAAAAGAGGGCCCUGAAUAUCCAGAUUGCAAGCAUAGUCGGUUCAAGCAUUCAACCGCUCCAAAACUAUCCUGUUCUUAAUUUCAUAGAGGAGAAGUUGGACUCAAAUGAGGCAAUUAAGUGGACCCAGCAUCACAUCAAUAGGGGCUUCACAGCUCUUGAGAAGCUGUUGAAAGGAUGCAAUACUACAUAUGCCACAGGAAAUGAAAUCCAGCUGGCAGAUGUAUUUCUUGAACCCCAGAUAUAUGGUGGUAUCAAGCGCUUUGGAAUUGAUAUGUCAAAUUACCCUGUCCUGGCAAGGCUCCAUGAAGCCUAUAUGGAACAUCCUGCAUUCCUAGCUGCAUUGCCGGAGAGUCAACCAGAUGCGCCUUCCUCCUGAGCAGGUGUGGAAAACCUAUUGGCUAUUUGGAGCCGUUUCUUCCAGUGCUAUGUAUCAUGGAUCUAAAUAGCAGAAAUAGUGUCAAUAACUAUACUUCCUGCAAAUUUUAAGUUGACUUGUAACUAAUGGUUAUCUAUUUAUGUAUGAGAGACAACAAGGAAAAC